AUGGCAGGUGAUAAGGCUCCAGCCUUAAAAAUGAUGGCUCUUGACCGUCCGUUCAAAGUUGGCAUGCUAUAUGAUUAUAAAACCGAUAGGCUUAUUCCUAAUAUGUUGCUGUGGGACGAGAAACUGAUUUCAAAUUAUCUUACUUGCCACUCUUCAUCAUCUCGCACUUAUGAAGUUCAUAUAAAUAAUAAUUUAACAGAAUUAGAGUAUCUUUUUGGUAUAGAUAAUAAUCUUAAACUCAGCAUUCUUGCGGGUCUUGUAGACUUGCCUGGUUCAAACAACCUAAUCGAUUAUUGUCAACGAAUCAAACAGACCGAACGGUUCAUAUUACAAUAUUCGAUAACAACGCAUUCUGAUGAAUUGGCAAUUCGUCAUUUUAGAAAAAGCGAUGUAAAGCACCAAGAUCUAUUUCAUCAACGAGUGGCUACACAUGUUGUUACUGAUGUCUUUUAUGGUAUUGAAAUCUUUUUUGUAUUCAAUCGAAAAUUAUCCGAUAAUGAAAACCGUACUGAACUUCAUAAUUCUGUUAAGGAACUGUUGAAAAAACUCACAACACUUCCAAUCUCUGAUAUUGGUCAGCUACACCUGAGUAAUGGAGAGAAACAACUAGCUGAAACAUUAACAUGUCAAUACUAUGGUGAUAUUCAACUUAAAUCGAAUCCAACAUCAUUUAUUGAAGCAAUCGAAUUACUUAGACAACUACCGAAUCUUCUUGGAAAAAAUAAUGAAAAUACCAAACCAAUAAAAGUAUUGUUGUAUCCACUGUAUUUAUUAGAUGAUUUUGCUACAGCAAAGAAAAGAUUUCAUGAAAUUAAUAAUCAUAUUCUUAGUAAAUCUGUGGAACAUAUGACUAGUCUACAUGAAUUAGUUAUUAGUUUAAGUGACAUAAAAAGUAAUUUAUCAUCUCUGAAGAUAUUCUAUCAAACUGAACAACAAUUGUCAAGAAUUUGCACUCGAAUGUCCGAAAUUGAAACUGAUAUCAGAAAAGAAAUGGUGAAAUUAUUACCUGAAGUUCGUGGUACAUCCUUACAAGAAAAAUCACUCACUGAUCUAUUGGAAAAAUUUAAUUUUUCUUUAUCGACCAAACAAAAGUUAAACGACUGGAUUCAAUUCAAAACUGAAGAAAAAAACAUAUUUACAUCAUUUAUUAAUGAUUUAAGGAAACAAGACAAUAUUAAUUUAUUAACAUUUCCAUUUGCUGAAGUUCGAAAAAAUUUCAAUCAUAAAUUUAUCCUUCGCUUGAUUAUUCAUGUUACAGAAGAAAACGAUACAUUUUUAAAUGAACUGUUGCAAUAUCUUGAGGAUUACAGCAAACGAGAUCAUGAUACCAACAUAAAGAUCAAUCGUUGGUUCAAUCAGAAUAAUCUUGCAUUAAUUCAAAAACAAAUUACACUAUUUAUUAAAUUUGCUGAAAUAAAUGUUAACAAAAACAAUAUUGUAUUCGUUGUCGAUGAGGAAGAUAUUAAUAAAUUUCAAAGGAAAAAAGGAGUAACAACUAUUCUUUAUCAAAAUGGUGUUCCUAUGAAUUUCGAAAUUCCAAGUAGACCAGGACGUCCACAUGUUACAGAUAAUUCAUGUCAAAAUACAACACUCAGUUGGACAAAACCUGCCCAAGGAAGUGAAAAUAUUCAACAGUACAUGAUUUAUGGUCGAAAUCAUCUAAAUCGUCAUUGGAAAUUAUUAUUGUCAACUGUAAAUGACACACCAUCUGCAAUUAUUUCAAAUCUUGAAGAAGGAAAAUAUCGAUUCAAAAUACAAGGAAUUACUUUAGCUGGUUAUACAGAGGAAAGUGAUGCCUGUGAUGCAAUCGCAGAUAUUGUCGAUCGUCUAUCUACGGAAAAUUUCCUGUCAAACGAACGAUUGUCAUCAGAAGAAAAAUAUUAUUAUGAGGAAUGUAAAGAAUAUUAUCAACUAACAAAACAACCAUUAAUAUCAGUGUCUGAUGAAAUUUUGGACAGCACCAUUGAAUUACAAUCAUCAUCAAUCAAACUUGGCAUUGAUGAAGACUGUCAUAAAUUUGAUUUACGAGAUUUCUUGAAGAAAUUUUGCGACACGUUAAAUUUAGAAAUAAAUGAUAUAUCUGUCCAAAAAAUACAAGCAGGUUCGGCUAUACUAGAAGCAACAAUCUACGACAAACUUAAAUCGAGUAAUAAGAAAACCCGUUUAAAAAUGAUCUGUAAUAAGUUAACAGAUAAAUUACAGACACAACUUGCUCAAAUGAACAUUUUCUUCUUGUUUAUGGGUUCUAUUGAAUCAUUACACAAAAUACAAAAAUACCGUGCAGAAAUUAAACUAAAUCCAGAAUAUAAUCGCAUUUAUGCCCGUGGAUAUAAUUAUUGGGUUGGUGCUCUUAAUGAUGGCAUAGAUCGUGGAAAUCAACCAUAUUAUUGCCCUGUUGGUUGGCAAAGAUGGUCGUUUUACGUUACUGAGUACUUCUACGAAAAAUUUAAAGGAUGGUGUACAUGUUAUCAUGGAACGAAAUUCGUGUAUGCUUUAUCAAUUUUAUUAAGUGGACUAAAACCAGCAGUCGCAGACGAACAUGGUGAUGGAAUAUAUGUUACUCCAUCCAUUAACUACGCAUCCCACCCAAGAUACUCAGAAGUGAAAUUCAUUGAAGCAUCGUCUCAAAAACUUGUUUUUAAAUCGGGCGAAUAUGUGCAAUUCGUAUUAGAAUGUCGUGUCCAUCCAAAGUAUAUUAAAAAAAUAGCUAAGGAAACACUAGACGCUAGUAAUACUACAAUUGAUUCCAAUAUAACCAAUGAUAUUAUUGAGUGGGUUAUUGAUCAUCAGAAUAAAAGUAUUGUCGAUUUCAAUGAUCCCAAUGCUUCGAUCAUUUGCAGCGGAUUGAUGAUACGUGUGACAGAUGAUCAUCCUGGACUAUUACCUCAAUCACAAUGGUGGCAUAAAUCACAUUUAUGCAAUAAAUCAUCAUGUUGUGCAUUAGGUAUUGAUCUUAAUCGUCUUAAAGGAAAAAACCAACGUGGUGAUAAGUGUAAACGUUUAACAAUGUAUCAAAUGGAACAAUUUCUACCACAUUUACCUCAUCUAAAGCAUUUCGUAUUUCAAGCUUAUGCUACAGCUGAAAUUUGUGAUGGAUAUCGAUGGCAGUUAUUAACAAGUUCUCUUAUUACAUUCAACUUUAAAUUUCAUGCUUCACUUGUUUUGAGUGAACAAACUCUCGAUUCAUUUCGUUCGACAUUUUGGCUUGAAGAAAAACGUUGGUUUGUGGCUUAUCAAGAGCAUUAUCUUUUUUCAAUACCUUAUUUUGCUCCAAGCGACGCUGCGAUUCCUUAUAAGUCAUCUGUUUAUUUCACCGCACCUGAUAAUUCAGUUAUUUAUGAUCAUGUAACUAAAGUUGUUGUGACAAAAGUUCCUAUUCAGAUUAGUGUUCGCUUCUCAUACAUCAAAGUACUAGAAUUGAGAUGUUCAAUAUCGCUCGAGACUCUGUUGUCUAUAGUCAAUCUGUCAAAAGUAGAACAUUUAACAGUAUCAUCAUAUGAAUAUAUCUCACUAAUGGCUUUCAUAAGAGCAAUGCCAUCUCUUCAUAGUCUAUCUAUCGAACACUGUUCAAAAUUCAAUUUGAUUGAAGAAAUGCAAGGCAAUCAAAUUGAACAGAUCCGUAUUCUUCAAAUUAGUUAUUAUCCCGAUAGAACCGAUCACUUUAUUGAACAAAUGUGUCGUUGUUUUCCAUCUGUUGAACAUUUGAUUGUUCCAUGCAUUGUUUCAAGAUCAGCUAUGAUCCGUUGUAUUGAUGGAUUCAAAAAACUAUCGAGUGCGUCAUUUUCUAUAUAUGAUUUAUCCAAGAAAAACGUACAAAAAUACAACAAUAAUCCUGACUCCAUCAUCAGUGAAUCACGACGACUCAUUCACGGUGCUUAUACGCUACGAUAUAAUCAUAUGUUUGAAGCUACUUCUACUGUUUACUUAUGGCUCGGGCAACAGGUAAAUGAUACUCAUCUAAUUACUAUCGUUAUUAUUUAUCGUGCUCCUUUCGUUACUUUCUAGUCGCGAAGAUCUUUUUGGCGUACUCAUUGGCCACCACGACGAGGGUACUUAUGGUAUCGGUUCAUCAGCGUCCUUUGCAAUUAUGAUGUUCUAUAUUUGAGUGGACUGAUUUCUAUGAUUAUCAACUGUUAUUCAAUUUUAUCACCAAACAAUAAGUUACUUCAUGAUGCAAGCAUUCAUCUUUCGUCAAUACAUAUUUUAGUAGAUAUCCUAAUGAGAAUCGUUGUCUACACUAUAAGUGCUAUAAUUAUUCAUUAUUUUCCUGUUAAAGGUUUUCAUAUUCUUAUUUGCUAUUGUAUUGUCGUUCCGUCUAUUAUUGCUAUCGCCUUGCUUCAAUAAUAAUUUCACGUUGAAUUCAGUACAUUGGGGUGUGGGUGUGGGUGUGGGAUGUGGGCAAGGGGGAAAAAGCAGAUUUUAAGAUUUUAAGAUUUUGGGAGAUUUCAAAAGAUUUUGAGAGAUUUUGAAAGAUUUUAAAAGAUUUUGAGAGAUUUGAAAGAUUUUAAGAUUUAAAGAAGAUGGACUAUUUUAUUUAACCCUUUAAGUACCAAAGGGGCCUAUAGGCCCCACUUUUUUCAAGUUCGAUAAAUUUUUAAUAACUUAUGAAGCUAACACAAUUUUAACGUGUGUUUCUCUUUCAAAUAUAGAAAACACUUUGACAUGUACACUUAUAUGAUAUCUACCAUCCAAAUAAGAUGAAAUAGGUAUUAACCCUUUAAGUACCAGCGAGGCCUAUAAAGCACAUUUUUUUCCAACAUGAUAAAUUUCGAAUAACUCGAGAACGCAAAACAAUAUCGAAGUGCGGUUUUCGUUAUGACAUAGAAGAGACUUCGAUGCAUACAUCUAUACAAGAGUUAUAACCCUAAUGACAUCACUCAAGUAGUAAGCCUGAUUGAUUUUUGGAACACCAUCGCUAUUCUAAAAAGGAGAAGGGCAAACAAUGCCCUUUUGUAGUCCCCAAAAAAAUUUCGGUUUUCCGUAUUGAAAUCAAGCUAGGAGUGACUCCUAGUGGUAUUUCAAGGUUGAUUUUGUAACAGCUCUAGAUCAAAUUUUGACCAAAGCCCGUACCCCCCAGGGGGAUGACCAAAGUACUUAUUCGCUAUCCCCGUAGGGGGUACGGGCAUGGGUCGAAAAUGACUUUAAAGGUUUUUUAAAAAGUUUUGAUGAAAAUAUCCACAACACACACUGCCUAUUUUAAAUAUAAAGUCUCAAAGAAAUUUCAUCCAUUGGCUGAGCCAUGGGUCUGAAAGGGUUAACCCUUGCAGUACCGGCCUAUUUUAAGCACUAUAUUGACAAUAUAUAUUUUCAUAAAAGAGAUUUUUGUACUUUGGGACAUUCUCCUGAUGAAAAUAUGCUUUUUUCGUAUUCGACCCAAUAGGAAAAUUAUUAGAAAGACAUUUUUUAUUUGCAACAAGUGUUACAAAAAAUCCCAUGUGAAAAUUUAAGCAGAAAAGCUCGCUUAAAGCAGCUUAAAUUUCUCGCUUAAAAGCGCUGAAAAGCGCACAUUUUAAGCCGCUGAAAGCGCUUAAAAUUAGGUUUUUAAGCACUUUUAAGCGCUUACAGUUAGAUAUCUAAGCAC